ACGACGACGAGGAGCACGACUCGCCAAUAAUUAGAAAUUCAUCAAAGAGUAAAUUAAAAAAAAAGGCACCUAACGAUCGCGCGCGCGUAACCAGACAAUAGGCAAAUAUCGACCUUGCCUGUAAUAAUAGCAAUAACACUAGUGAUAGAGGCCUCAUCGGAGACGACGACCGAGUGGAGUGUGGGUGGUUGCGGCGUAUGUGCGCUUGUAUGGCCCUCGGAGGCGCUUCUUCACAACCACCAACUGGGACCGAGACGACGACUCGCCAGCGAUUUAGCAAUUAGUCUCAGACGGGUUCCCGGCCAAGUCAGGCUGCGCUGCGCUGUCAGUCGUUAUCGUGAUUUUGUAAAUUGAUUAAAUUGUUGGCGACCGUCGUCGAGAAGACGAUCGCUCUCGAAAGAAACUUGCCCAGUUUUGUCGCGUGUUCAGUCUUUAUCAAUCCACCGUCACGAUGAGUAUGAGUUCGUACACCGAGAGCAGUUCCGAGGAGGACGAUCUGUCGCCGCGGGACAAGGUCCAGCAGAACUCGAAGGGAUUCGCGGACUUUUGCGUGCGCAACAUCAAACAGCACUCGUUCGGGCGGCACGAGAUCGAGAUCGCGGAACAGGAGAUGCCCGGGAUCAUGGCGUUGCGGAAGCAAGCGCUGGACGACAAACCGCUCAAGGGGUCGAACAUUGUCGGCUGUACGCACAUCAACGCCCAGACGGCCGUCCUCAUCGAAACGCUGAUCAGCCUGGGCGCCAACGUCAGAUGGGCCGCGUGCAAUAUCUACUCGACGCAGAAUGAAGUGGCGGCGGCCCUGGCGGAGAGUGGCGUCCCCAUCUUCGCUUGGCGCGGCGAGAUCGAGGAGGACUUUUGGUGGUGCAUCGACAAGUGCGUGCACGCGGAAAACUGGCAGCCCAACAUGAUCCUCGACGACGGCGGGGACGCGACGCACCUGAUGCUGAAAAAGUACCCCGUCAUGUUCAAGAUGAUCAAGGGGAUCGUGGACGAGAGCGUGACGGGGGUGCACCGCCUGUACCAGCUGUCCAAGACGGGCAAGCUGACGGUGCCGGCGAUGAACGUCAAGGACGCCAUCACCAAGACCAAGUUUGACAGUCUGUACAGCUGCAAGGAGUCCGUCAUCGAUAGCUUGAAGCGCGCCACCGACAUCAUGAUCGGCGGCAAACAGGUGGUCCUCUGCGGGUACGGCGAGGUCGGCAAGGGUUGCGCCCAGGCCCUCAAGGGUCUCGGCUGCAUCGUGUACGUGACCGAGAUCGACCCGAUCUGUGCCCUGCAGGCCUGCAUGGACGGCUUCCGUGUGGUCAAACUAAACGAGGUGAUACGGACCGUUGACGUCGUGAUCACGUGCACCGGCAACAAGAACGUCGUCACCCGUGAGCACAUGGACAAGAUGAAGAACGGCUGCAUCGUGUGCAACAUGGGUCACUCCAACACGGAGAUCGACGUCAACAGUCUGCGGACCUCGGAGCUGCAGUGGGAGAAGAUGCGCUCCCAGGUCGAUCACAUCAUUUGGCCUGGCCCAGACGGGAAGCGGAUCAUCCUGCUGGCCGAGGGCCGCCUCGUUAACCUGUCCUGCUCAAGCGUGUCGUCGUUCGUGGCGUCCAUCACGGCGGCCACCCAGGCGCUGGCGCUGAUCGAGCUGUUUAACGCGCCGCCCGGACGGUACAAGGCCGACGUGUACCUGCUGCCGAAGAAGAUGGAUGAGUACGUGGCCAGCCUGCACCUGCCCACGCUGGACGCUCACCUGACGGAGCUGUCCGACGAGCAGGCCCGCUACAUGGGCCUCAACAAGGCCGGUCCGUUCAAGCCGAACUAUUACAGGUAUUAGUACGUUUUUUAUACAAAGCAAAAGAAAGAAGGAAGGGAGGAAGGAAGGUGCGCGCAUUUUAUGGAGGACUAAAAGAGAGAAAGAAGUAUUUCGUAUUUCGUGAGCGAGUUCGCGAGAAAAAUGAAAGAAAGAGAGAGCCGGCUAUUGUUUAUUUUACCACUUUUACUUUACAAUAAAGCAAAACUAUUGGAAUCUAAUUUAAAGUGCAGCAAACACAACUUACACAGAAAUAGAAAAAAAAAUAACACAAAGCACGGCACCGGCAAGUAGUACUGUAGCAAAUUUCUAGGACUGUAGUAGCGAGAGACUAAUUAUAUUAUUAGUAGAGAGAAGAAGAAGAAAUUACAAUUUAGAAGAGAAUCGCAAGCGUAUUAGCAAAACAGAAAGAUGAAACGAAACUCUUCCGCUUCCACUAUUAUUACGCAAAACAAAAGAGAGAGAGAGAGAAAAAGAAACAGGAAAAUAAGCGAAAAAAAAAGAAAAUAAUUAUACACACUGUUAAAAAUUACUGCAAGAAAAGAAGAAACAAGUAUUUUGAAGCCAAUCGAGAAAGAGAGAUAACAGAAGAAAAAAAACAACAAACGGAUGCUCUAAUUUGAUAAGUCAAUUAAGAUUGAUAAGUUAGCAAAUAACAAAAGAGGAAACAACACAAAUUCAAACACACACGCUUCUUCGGCGCGACACCAGUGGAGAUUUCCACUCAAAUCCAGAACAAAAGCGGUCACGCUUGCGUGCGUCAACCGAACCCAACCCGCGAAGAAGGCCGAAGGUGUUGAUUGUAUUUAUUUUUUGAUUGUUUAGCAGCUAGACGCGCGUUGAUAACACGCAAACACACACCCACAAAUACACACGCAGUUUUUUUGUUUUAUCUUUUAAACGGUUAUGAUUAAAAAAAAACACACACCUUGAAUUGCAUUCACUUAAGUAGGCCAACAUUAACUUUAAAGAAAAAACAAAAACAAUAAGUAUAAUAAUCGUUGUAAAAUUUGCGCAUCUCGGUUCUCAAAGAAAAUUCCAUUCUACACUUUUUUUCCGUGUUUAUUGAAGUUUUACCCAAUUUAGAGAGUAGCGUCCGCCGCGCGACAAAUCGCAGUAGUCGGGGAAAAGUUGACGGAAGGAAUAAUCAACAUUUAUUGGUUUUGCGAUCGCAAUCGCGACCGACGGCAAAAAAAAGAAGUUAGAUGCAAAAGUUAAAAAUAUAACACCCAUUUUUAAGG